AUGUAUGUUGCCAAUCGUGUUGAACGCAUACUUCAGACUUCAUGCCCAGAACAAUGGAAUUAUGUAUCCAGUGCUGAGAAUCCUGCUGAUCAUGCUUCUCGAGGAUUGACGACAGAAGAAAUGCUAUCAUCCAACUGGCUUACAGGACCUACCUUUCUUUGGAAGAGUGAUAUUCCUACACAAGAUGUCGAUGUUGAGGUUUCUCCUGACGAUGUUGAAGUGAAAUCAGCAGCUACUGUUCAUGUUACACAGGUAGAGAACUUCACAUCUUUCGAAGAUAGAUUGACUCGGUUCUCCAGUCUUCAUAAUGCAGUGUCAGCAGUUGCAGUGAUAGUAAAGUGCUGCUACAGAAAGAAGGACCUGAGCAUUGAUGAAGUAGAAGCAAGACGAAUAGCGGAAAGGAAUAUUAUCCGUGCAAUUCAGAAAGAAGCAUUUCGUGAAGAAAGGAAGCAAAUCAAGUCAGAUCCCUCAGUCGGUUCAAAGUCCAACACAUUGAAGCAGCUUGACCCUUUCCUUGAUAAUGACAAUCUUCUACGGGUGGGAGGUCGGUUGAAAAAGGCCGAGAUGAUGUAUGGUGCAAAACAUCCUAUCAUCCUACCAAAGCGAAGCCAUCUAUCCAACCUCGUUGCCUUGCACUAUCAUCAAAGAACUGCACAUCAAGGAAGAAAUCUGACCAUCAAUGCCAUUCGUUCCAGUGGAUAUUGGAUCAUUGGUUGCAGGAGUAUUGUCUCAUCUCUAAUCAGCAAGUGUGUAAUCUGUAUCAAAUCCCGAGGCAAGCCAAGAGGACAAAAGAUGGCCGAUCUACCUCAGGAUAGAGUAGAGCCUUCUCCUCCUUUCGCCUACUGUGGACUUGACUGUUUUGGUCCCUUUACUAUCAAGGAAGGAAGAAAGGAGAUAAAGCGAUAUGGGCUCAUUCUUACCUGUAUGGCUAUGAGGGCCGUACAUAUCGAAAUGCUAGACGAUCUGUCCACCGAUGCAUUUCUCAAUGGACUAAGAUGUUUCAUUGCUAUCCAGGGAAAUGUUCGCCUCAUUCGUUGUGAUCAAGGAUCUAACUUCAUUGGAGCCAAGCAUGAAUUGAAAAAAGGCCUCCGUGAAUUAGAUGGAGAUCGCGUUGCCACUCAAUUACUGAAACUUGACUGCGAAUUCAAGAUGAACCCUCCUUCUUCAAGUCACAUGGGAGGAAUCUGGGAACGACAAAUCAGGAAUGUCAGAAAUGUUCUCGAUGGAAUACUAGAACAGUCAGGAACUCAACUAAAUACAUCCUCUCUUCGAACGUUCCUGUACGAAGCUAUGGCUAUCAUCAAUAGCAGGCCAUUGACAGUUGAAGAUCUGGAAUGUGCGGAUGGUCCACUCCCCUUGACUCCGAAUAAUGUCUUGACCAUGAAGUCAGGUAUUGUGAUGCCCCCACCAGGAAAAUUUGAGAGAGAAGACCUCUAUCUCUCAAAAAGAUGGAGACGUGUGCAAUACUUAACAGAUCUCUUUUGGAUUCGUUGGAAGAAAGAGUAUCUUCACACCCUCCAAACCAGGAAGACCUGGCCAAAACAACAGCGAAACUUCGAGGUAAAUGACAUAGUCAUGCUACAAGACGAUGGUUUUUGUAGAACACACUGGAGUAUAGCCAAGGUUGUUCAGACUUUCGUAAGCGAUGAUGGCUUCGUUCGUCGAGUUAAACUUCUCAAGGCAACUCCGGACUUAGACAAGAAUGGAAAACCUCUCCAAAAGAGAACUGUGCUUGAAAGACCUGUCCACAAGCUGAUCUCCUUAGUCCCUAACUCCGACUAA